UAAAACAGGAAAGCGACGAUCAACAGUGAAAUCAUAAACAAAAUCUUCGGCUCUGAUUCGUUCAUCGAAUCCCAUAUUCAAAUCGUUUGCUAACGACGUGAAUUUUCUCCCGCAAAAGAAGGAAUAUUGGGGGAAACCGAGAUGGGGCAGGAGAGGAAAUCGAUUUCUGCACAACAUUUUGAUUCGAGGAUAAAUGAAGACAUUGGAUUCUGAGUCGUCGAGUUCCGCGGCUAUGUGGGCAGAGUAGGAGAGUGAAUGGCUGACGUGCAGAGGCCUGUUCUUGGGGAGAGAGAUAUCGAUCAGGCCAUUGCUGCCCUAAAAAAGGGCACAAUUUUGUUGAAGUAUGGGAGGAGAGGGAAGCCAAAGUUUUGCAGGUUUAGACUUUCCACUGAUGAAUCUGCUUUGAUAUGGCACCAUGGGAAAGAGGAGAAGUUUCUUGAACUACAUUGUGUUUUGAGGAUAAUUCCAGGGCAGAGGACUCCAGUAUUUCAGCGGUAUCCUCAGCCUGAUAAGGAGUACUUAUCGUUUUCACUUAUCUGUGAAGACAGGUCUUUAGAUUUGAUAUGCAAGGAUAAGGAGGAAGCCGAGGUUUGGUUUACGAGUCUGAAAGCUAUAGUCGGCCGCGGGAGCUCCAAGAAACGAAGAAAUGAAGCGACUCGCAAGCAUUCAUCGUCGUGUAGUCCUAAUCGUAGAAAGAUGCAUCAGUCGUAUGCAUCCGAGAGUCGAGACGAUGGAGACGUUAAACGAUCCGAAAUUUAUUGUCAGAAUCGAUUGGGGAAAGCGUUCGCUGAUAUUGUGUCGAUCACCGCGACAGUCUCCGAGCCGCACAUGAAAAUGAUUCCCGUGACACAAUUUUUAAGUUUCCAGUCGGCAGGCGGGGCGUCGGAGAAUUCGAAUCCCGGCGUUGAAUCAUUUGUGUCUGCAGCGAACUUUCCGAGCCCGAAAAGCUCAGCAUCGAGCGAAUGUUCGAGCAGCGACGAGGACGACACCGUCGGCAACAUAUACAUCUGGGGAGAGAAGAUCGGCGAUGGAAUUGUGGCCGGGGCGAGUCCAAUUACAGUCAUCCGAUCGUCGAUCACGAAGACCAACGCUCCAUCUCCGAACGCUUUAGAGCCGACAAUGUCGCUCGACGACGCCCACGACAUCGCCUGCGGUGAGACGCACGCAGUGUCAGUGUCGAAACAGGGCGAGGUUUUCAGCUGGGGGGACGCGGCGGGGGGUAAGUUGGGGCGCGGGGUCGAACCCGACAUACCCCAUCCGAAACACAUCGAAGCUCUUUGCGGGAAGAACAUUAAAAUGGCGGCGUGCGGGAGACACCAUUCGUGCGCCGUUUCGCAUUCCGGUGAUCUGUACACUUGGGGGGACGAUCCUCUCAACUGCGGCCUGCUCGGGCACGGCGGCGACGCGAGUCACUGGACGCCGCAAAGAAUCGGCGGUCCCGUUAUUGGGUUACACGUCUCGUUCGUCGCCUGCGGACCUUGGCACACGGCUUUCUUUACGUCGAGUGGCCGGUUGUUUACUUUCGGAGACGGAGCUUUUGGAGCACUCGGACAUGGAGAUCGCAGCGUGUGUAGCAUUCCGCGGGAAGUUGAAGCUUUCACGGAGUUUCGAACAAUGUGGGUUUCUUGCGGGACGUGGCACACUGCGGCGGUUGUCGACACGACUCCGAAAGGCGACGGCGAAGAACCCGAUCAACGAGGAAAGCUCUAUACGUGGGGCGACGGGGAGAAAGGGCAGCUAGGCGAUCGGGGAUGUAAGUCGAGGCUAAUUCCCGAUCAAGUCGCGUGUUUGGCAGACGUCGAUUUUUCGCGCGUAGCGUGCGGAGAAGACGUUACCGUCGCGCUAACGACGUCGGGUCAAGUGUACGCGAUGGGAAGCGCGAUUCACGGACAGCUCGGCGUUGCGGAAGACGGGAACUUUCCGGUUUGUGUAAGAGAUGGGAUCGCCGAUUGCUGUGUCGAAGAUAUCGCUUGUGGGUCGCAUCACAUCGCGGUUUUGACGUCGAAAUCGGAGGUUUACACAUGGGGAAAAGGCGCGAACGGACAGCUAGGCCACGGCGACAACGACGACCGGCACGCGCCGACUCUCGUCGCUUGUCUGAAAGACAAGCAGAUAAAGAGCGUCGCAUGUGGUUCGAACUCGACCGCCGUUAUAUGUCUGUCCUUAGCCGACGACUCCGUCUGUGCCGGCUGCCGUAACCCGUUCAACUUCAAACGCCCCCGCCGCAACUGCUACAACUGCGGCCUCGUCUUCUGCAACGCGUGCAGCACCCGGAAGUCGCUCAAGGCGGCCUUAGCCCCGAGCACGGACAAGCCAUACCGCGUCUGUGACGAUUGCUUCAUCAAGCUGCAGAAGAACGCGGAUUCAUCGUUGAUCUGCCACAAAAUCGCGAAUAUUAAGCGUGACGUCGUCCCUAAGCCCGAUGAAUCGUGGGAAAAGGCCGGGCUUGUUCCUUGUAUCCGCGGUAUCAUUUCCCGAUUCUCGACGACGGAAUCGGAGGCGAAAUCGAAUCAGAACCGGGUCUUCCCUUUCAGCAGUGCCGCAAGUAUUCCGAAACCUUCGACUAGCCCGAGUCGAUCUUGGCAGAGUUUUCUACCGUGUGUUCUCGACCAUAAGGGUAUUUCUCGAUUGCCGUCUCCGAUGAAGAAAAGCCCUCCGAAGUCGAGGCCUCCCUCGAUGUCCCCCGAUGAUCGAAAGUGCUGCAGCCAUAGCCUAACCUUCGAAGUCAAGAGUCUCCGAGCGCAAGUCGAGAGACUUACGCGAAAAUCGCAACAGCUCGAAUCCGAGCUUAAAGCAAAAUCGAAGCAACUUGAGGAAGAGACAACGAGAGCUACGGACAACGCGGAUAGAUGCAAUGGUCUGCAAGAAAAGAUCGACAAACUCACGGCUCAGUUGAAGGAGGUGACCGACGCCGCCUCCGGGCAGUCAGACAGCAAAGAGGAAACACAUUGUCCCUCGAAGGCUCAACAUAAUUCGAGGAGUCGUCGGCGUUGUAGUGAGACGAAGGCUGUUCGAGUCCAGCUGGCGUCGGAACAGGUUGUGCAGUACGAGGCCGGCGUGCUGUUGACCAUCGCGGCGUCACCGACAGGUCUCGGCGAGCUAAGGCGCGUGCGUUUCAGUCGGAGACGUUUCACGGAGGCUCAGGCGGAGAAGUGGUGGUCGGAGAACGAGGCGGAGGUGUGCGACCGCUACCAUGUCCGAAUUGCGCCUUCUUCUUGAUGUCGUCUGUCUGUAAAUGGUGUCUUCUUUUUUGAAGUGUAGCUCAGACAUUAACGUUGUCAAGAAAUUUUGUAAUAAGAUUCAUUAAAUUCUUCCUCUAAUAUUUCCACAUA